AUGUCCGGCCACCAUCAUCACCACGGUGGUGACGGGCAUGGUCACUGCCAUGAUGAGCACGAUCAUUCCAACGACAUCACCCCCGCGCUGCAGUCGCUGCUCUACUCACAGAUCGACUUUGAUUCGAUUACUACCUUGAAUGAGGCGACUGUUAAGGGCGGCGCCGGCAUUGUCAAGAAGACCUGGGCCGAGCGAUUGAACGACCACCCCGAGCUUGAGAGCGACGCCGACGAGCAGCUCCUCAUGCACAUUCCCUUCACCGGCCAGGUUAAACUUCACUCAAUCCUCAUCUACACCGCACCCACCCCCGCUGCCCCCAAGACUCUCAAGCUUUUCAAGAACCGCGACGACCUGGACUUCUCCACUGCCUCCGACCUCCCCCCAACCCAGACCAUCGAGGUCCCACAGCCCGUGGCUGGCGAGGACGUCUUUGAACUACCUUUGAAUCGCGCCCAUUGGAAUACCACUACCUCCAUUACCAUCUUUAUCGAGGAUAAUUGGAGCGAUGGUGACGAGGAUGUCACCAAGGUUGGCUACAUCGGCUUCAAGGGCCAGUUCAUGGCGUUGAACCGGGAGCCCAUCAGCUUCUUGUACGAGGCUGCUGCAAACCCCAGUGAUCACGUUGCGAUUCCUGGAAUCAGUGACGCCGGAGCUCGCACCAUGCCUGGCCAGUAA